AUUCCACGCCUCGCUCCGUGAUUACGAUACGUGAUGAUCAUUCCUUGGGCCCGCCAAACAUCCGAUGAGCUAAUGUUCGCACCACACAGAAUGCAACUACACUUAUGCCUACGUCUUUUGAUUAAUUGUAUGCUUGGAUGGCUAAUGAAUCGUUGGAUCAACGAAUAGACAUUAACUCUCUAUUUCUAUUCAUUGGCUGGAAAUACCGUGAAGGUCAGAGUACUCGAAUUAAAGAUAAGCUAUGAAUCCAUUUGGGCUGCCCGUCGUCACACCCUUGCACUAAAAGCCGCAACCCCACCAAGCACGCUGAGCCCCGCCAUACAUAACAGCUCGGGUUACCCUACAGAAUCCUCUUCAAGGCCCUCCAGUCGAACUCUCCCAAUUGCUAUUUCAAGAUGUCUCUAUCCAACAAACUUUCAAUCACUGAUGUUGAUCUGAAGGGCAAACGGGUCCUGAUUCGCGUGGACUUCAAUGUACCCCUAGACGGAGACAAAAUCACGAACAAUCAGCGUAUUGUUGGCGCGCUGCCCACCGUCAAAUACGCAAUUGAUAAUGGCGCGAAAGCUGUCAUACUUAUGUCCCAUCUUGGGCGUCCCGAUGGCAAGGUCAACUCGAAAUACAGCUUGAAGCCAGUAGUGCCAGAGCUUGAGAAACUUCUUGGAAAUAAGAUAAUAUUUACCGAAGACUGCGUAGGGAAACAGACCGAAGACGCCGUAAAUGGCGCCUCGAAUGGACAAGUCAUUCUACUUGAGAACCUACGUUUCCAUGCCGAGGAAGAGGGCAGUAGCAAAGAUACCGAGGGCAACAAGGUCAAAGCAGACAAGGCUAAGGUCGACGAGUUCAGGAAAGGAUUGACAGCCUUGGGAGAUGUCUACAUAAACGAUGCUUUCGGUACUGCUCAUCGAGCUCACAGCUCAAUGGUCGGUGUUGAUCUCCCUCAGAAGGCUUCCGGUUUCCUCGUCAAGAAGGAACUCGACUACUUUGCGCAAGCCCUCGAGAAUCCACAGCGACCCUUCCUGGCUAUCCUCGGCGGUGCGAAAGUCACGGACAAGAUCAAGCUAAUUGAUAAUCUGCUAGGCAAGGUCAACAGUAUCAUCAUAUGCGGCGGGAUGGCUUUUACGUUCAAGAAGACACUCGAGAAUGUGAAGAUCGGGAAGAGUCUCUUCGAUGAAGAGGGUAGCAAGACCGUCAAAGACAUAGUGGAGAAGGCAAAGAAGAACAAUGUCAAACUUGUCCUUCCAGUCGACUAUAUUACUGCCGAUGACUUUAAGAAGGACGCAAAAACAGGCACUGCAACAGACGAGGAAGGUAUCCCAGACGGCUGGAUGGGCUUGGAUGCGGGCCCUAGGAGCAUUAAGCUGUUCGCUGAUACCAUUAAUGAGUCAAAGACGAUCUUGUGGAACGGCCCACCUGGUGUGUUCGAAUUCGACAACUUCGCAAACGGUACCAAGAAGACCAUGGACGCCGCUGUAGCUGCGGCUCAAAGUGGGAAGAUUGUCAUCAUUGGAGGUGGAGACACUGCAACCGUCGCUGCGAAGUAUGGUGUAGAGGACAAAUUGAGCCAUGUUUCAACUGGCGGGGGUGCUUCACUGGAAUUGCUUGAAGGCAAAGAUCUACCGGGUGUCUCUGCUCUCUCAAGUAAGUAGACUGUUCGUUUGUUGGAAUUGGUGGCUCUGAUAGAUCGAAGGGUCGAUCGCCAGGCUCUAAGACGUGUACCAUUGAUAAGCAGAUAGUAUGCCUUGAGAGACGAAUAUACAUCUUGAUGGUCUCUGGUAAGAGGGUUCAAUAAAAUUGGCUCUUAGCCUUCUCAAGAGGUCAAUCAAUUCAUGUGCUUGCAUGCAUCCUUCCUGUAACAGGAAAGUGACUGAGCUUGCCAUAGUCUUAUCCGAAUCGUGAUCGAUGGAUGUCUUUCACUGCCUGCUGACUCUGACUCUACCUCUGCCUCUGCCUCAACCGCGCUUCGACCCGUUUACUUUGCUCACUUCCUCCUUCAGUUGCGUGGAGAAGUCAUCAGUUGUAUCGUCAUCGUCCCAGCUCUCCUCCCA